UUUCCUUUGUUGUAAAGGACAUGUGGUUUUUAUUUUAAAGCUAAGUUUGAAAAGACUUUUUGAGUAUAUCAAAAAAGGAAUUAUCAAAUGAACGAAAACUUUUGGAGUGGAAAAACUGGGUGACAAAAAUUGAAAUUUACAUUUAAUUCAAUUAAUUUUUGGGAACAGUGUGUGAUGUGUGAUUUUCUUAGAUAUUAUAGUGUGAGAUACGACUGCUAUGCCUACCUAUAACUGCUCAGAUCCAAAUAGCAUUCCAAACGGCUAUUAUGUAAUUGAUAAAACGUAUUAUCAAGAAGGCGACCAGGUGUAUUUCAUCUGUCAUUCCUCGUAUAUUUUGGAAGGAAACCCAACCUUUACUUGUGAUGGUACAACAGGAAAUUGGUCAGGAACAUAUCCAACGUGUUCUUCUAGUACGACGACUUCAACGACCACCACAACACCCGCUAAUGAAGAAUGGUUUUACGUAGGAGUAGGAGUGACGUCGUUCCUGGGACUGUUGUUAAGUCUCCUCGUCCUUUUAUUGUGCGUCAAGUUUUGUUAUCGUCUUUGCAGGAAACGUUCGAGAGUGAGCGCACUUCACGGAAUCAAUGAGGAGGUAGAAUUAGGAUGCUGCUAUGCAUGUUGUGCCAGAUGUUGUCUAAAAUGCUGCAAAUGUUGUCGAAAUGACACUGACGUCAUUCCAAGAAACACACCGAGAACGAGGCAGCCAAAGCAAAGCAUUAAACAGACCUACGAUUCAUCACCGGUUCUGACUUUUGCUUCUGAGGAGGGAUCAAUCUCGACUCAUAUGAUGCAGAAAAAGGAGAUUAAAACAGCGAAAGAGAUUAUAGCCUGGAAACCGCACUCAAAUCCACUUCGAAACAUAAACACCAGCACUAAAUAAAAGCAAGAAAAAAAAGCUGAACUGUUAGUACAUGUACAUAUAUUACCACUAUCAGUAGUUGAAAAUGGAUUUAAGUAUUUCAUUACUUUUUAUUUAUAAAAAAUGUAACUAUUCUAAUUGUCUCUAGGUAAUGUUUGCUGUACAUUUGUUGUGUUAAAAUUUUCUAGAAAGUCAUGUUUCUAACCAUCCCUAAAUGACAGCUGUCAACAGAUUCUUGGUAAAAGAGGUUUAGAUUACGUAGAUGAAUUAUUCAAUUUCAAAUCGUGUUCUUUGUCAAUAACAGAAUCUUCAGCAUUUACAUUUCAUUAUAAAUAUACAUGGACCAAACAAACUUAUCAUUAGAAUUAUGUUAUGAACACUUGCAAAGUACUUGAUGAACAAAUUGACCUCCAAUUUUUGCUUGAUUUUACACAUCUAUAAAAUGAAUUAGGAUGUAAAUAAAUUAAUAUUUACAUGGAAGUAAAACCAUUGCUAAAGGUAAUUGCCACUUUUGAACGAUUCGUGAAAUAAUGUGAUAAAAUCAAGCAUUUCUAUUUACACAGACUACAAAUAACCUCUUAUUUGUAGAAUCAAGUGCAUUAAAUCGAAUAAUGUUUAAAUAAGUUGUGUAUAUUGCAUUUAAAGUUUCCGAUAAGUGACAAGUUCGGAAACGAAUUUAUGUACAUGUUACACAUUGUCAUUUUGAUUUGUUAUAAUUCUGUAUCUUAACUGCAUGUUUAACCUAUAGAAUAAAGGAAGGGGAUCAUGCUAUAUUUUUGUAUGACAAUUUAAAAUGUACCAGUUGACGUCAUGUCCUAAUACCCAGUGUCUGAGGUGUUUUUGCAUUCUCCCGGGUGUUCCGAUAUAAAUUAUUGUUAAUCUUAUUGCAGAACGUUUCAGGUAUAUUUUAAAUACUUUUGCCUCUCCCCUUCCUCCUCACUCUCUGUCUCCGUCUCUGUCUGUCUCUGU